AUGAACUGCCCAAGGGGUGAUACUCAGGCGAAGGGUGGGCAGGUGCUUAUGAAAAGGCUUAGCAUCCUCGAUGUGGAAGGACUCAGCCAUGACGAGGCAUUGCUGCGCUACUUCAGCCUGUUCAAGGAACCACUCACCGACGAUGUCGUGAAGGCUCUGACGGCAUUAGGCUUGAAUGAUGGCGCCUGUCAAGACUCGGUGAGCGAGUUAGUGAGAACCACUAGUGCCACCAUCGUAUGUCUACAAGAAACAAAGAUGCAAGUUAUGGAUCAUAAUGUGGUGCGCCGAACAGCCAGAGCAAAAUUUGUAAACUCCUAUAUUGUGCUCCUGGUGGAACAGACUCGAGGAGGCGUCUUCCUUGCGAUGAAUGAAGACUUCUUCGACCUCUCCGACAUUGUACUUACCUCGAACGCUAUAACCGCGCAGAUCAACAUGAGGGCGGAUGGAACAAGGUGGCAAAUUAUAAUGGUAUAUGGCCUGCAGGGAGAGGCACCCAAACUUCAAUUCCUCCAAGAAUUGAAGAACAUUCCCCUACCGGAGCAUAAUAGAUGGCUCAUCCUGGGAGACUUCAAUCUCAUCUACCAGGUAGAAGACAAGAACAACUCCAAUCUAAACCGGUGCCUCAUGGGGGCAUUUAAAGCCACGAUCGGUCAUUUGAGGCUCAAAGAAAUCAAGCUAAAUGGAUGCCGCUUCACUUGGACCAAUCAGCAGGACAACCCGACGCUCACUAGAAUUGACAGACUACUAUGUACCCCCGAGUGGGAGCUAUUCUUCCCCACGUGUUUCUUACACUCCCUUCCAUCGCUCAUGUCGGACCAUACCCCGCUGCUACUCUAG